GUUCAUUUUUCAUUUUGAGUAUCUUCUGUUUUGUACUAGUUUUAGAUGUCAAUCUCGUUUGGUAUCGUACCGUACGAGUUCCGUACGAGCACAUCAUUACAAUUACAACCCACAAUACCCAACGAAAAUAUCUACAGGAUGCCAAAACGCAAUCGGACGACCAGCGAGAAGGAUACCGAAGAGGAAAAGUGCUCGACCAAGCGAGUCGAUACCCAAAUUGACGAUCAUGACGAGGAAGAAGACAAGGAGGAAGACUACGACGAGGAGGAGGACGACGACGAUGUAGAAGCCGAUGGUUUGGGGAAUUGCUUUGUCGCGUGGCUAGAAGAAGGCGCCACGUGUSUCUCGGUGGGAGAGCUCCACUUUUCCAACCAAGAACACGUUCUCACGUAUGCCGAGGAAGACGAAAACCAGGAUGCGGAUGGAAAUGCGAACGCAAAUGCGAAGGAAACCCUGUACUGUGUGGUUUGCCAGCUCCACCUCAUGCCCCCCGCCGAAGACGAGGAAGACGACGAGGCCCCCCUGGUGUACAGCUUCGAGGGCAGCGGCGCCUUUCCCUUCAGGGUUCUACCGGCGGAGGCAUGCGUGGGGAUCGAGCUCGAGCCGGUGCAGCUUCCGGCCCUCGAGGCCAAAGGGGGUGGCGAGAACGACCAAACGAAUGAUUCCGUGGCCACGACCUUUUCCCUCGCCGAGAACCUCCACCAGGCCUUGCUGGAGGAUCUCCGGGGUUCCGAUAGCAACUACGAGGAGGUUCCUUCCGAAUGGCGAUUGCCACUACCAAAAGACGCUUCCGCUGCCAUCGACGGAGUCAAUGCCUGGUGGAAGGCCGGAGAAGCCAAGACGGGUUGGGAUCUCUCCAGGAUCCCCGAGGCCGAUUAUGCAACCACCGAGACCCUGGCGUGCAACGGCACCGAAGACGACAACGUCUUGCUGGCCCUGUACCGGGACCUCUGUGCCUUUCGGCCCCUCACCGAAAAGGACGACCGUGACACCAUCGAGGAGCGCUUCGAGCUCCGGACCUGCCUCUGCACCUACUUUGCCUGGGCGGUUCCUACCGAAAAUGCUCUGCAAUGCCUGGUGGAACUGGGGGUCCCACUCCUCGAGAUAGGGGCCGGAACGGGCUACUGGGCCUGGCUUUUGUCGAAGAGGGGCGUGGACAUUGCUGCCUACGACCUCCCGGACAGCCAGGGUGGUCAGAAACACCGCUUCCGGCACUCCAUCGUCAAGGAUGGCUCCAUCGAGCAGGCGUCUUCUCCCGAACACAAAAGCAGGGCGCUCCUGCUGUGCUGGCCGGACAUUGUUGGCGACAGUGCCCACGACGACGCCGACCGGGGGGAUUUCGGAGCAAAGGCACUGAGGGCCUUUGGGGGAAGCACCGUUGUGCACGUGGGAGAGCUCGGACCGGGGGUCGUCCGCGCGGCCGAGGGAUGGGGGGAUCCCUUUCCACCGGGGGGAUCGUCCUCGUCGGCGGCCCUGCAGGACGAGCUAAGGGCCGGCUUUCGACUCUCCAAGCGUGUGCUGCUUCCAAACUGGCCCCCGUACAACUCUCAUCUCACCGUGUGGGUGCGCAAGUGACGCAGAAACACAGAAUAGUGUACCACUGUAGUAGAAAGACAAACGAAAGGGUUCUCGCAGUUUUUUUUUUCGACAUUCUUUUGUUCAUUCCGUUGUCUAUUUCUUUGUCCAUGUCUUUGUUUGCGCCUGCAAUGAUCUCCUUCGCCCCGUGUGUCCUCGUCGAGUUCCUUUUUUGUCGCGUCAAUUCGCGAAGCUAUAAUAUUCAGCAUUGUUGCCGACUUCGUCACGUCAUCUGUAGUGAGCCGGGGUCCCUCCCUAAAUGCAGUGCGAAAUGCUCAUAUGCUCCUUAGUGUACCGUAGUAAUUCCAGCGAGAAAAACGCCCGACUACGACAGUGAAUCAAAAGAUCCCAUUGAC